AUGACCCAAAGAAGUAACGAUAGCUCCUCAUAUGACGUUUUCUCGCAAAACACAAAGGAAAAAAUUAAGAACGGCACUUAUAUAAUGGAUGGGCUUAGUCCUAAUACACUUGCGGAAUUAGAACAAGCUGCGGAUACUGCUGAUAUUAUUGAAGUUGUGCAAGACUUGAAGAUUGAUAUUCUCCCUCCUGUGUUGUCAUCUGAUUUCAAUUGGACAUUACAUGAAAACAAUGAAAAAAUAUUAUGGAUUCGCUUCAAACGUCAACUUCCUUUAACUAUAUCUUGGAAGCUUCUCGAAACUCAUCCGGCAAAGAAGCUUUUAAAACUCAAGAUGUUUUAUUGGGAUAAUGAUACACCUCCAGAACGAGCAAUUCAGUUCCCAGAAAUGGAAGUUUCCAAAUGUCGCGAUCAUAUUGAAAAAGAGGUUGAAAUCCCACAUGAGAGCUUCAUUUAUCCGUUGGUCGACAAAUCGAAAUCGAAACGAUGGCGUUUUCUUCCGAAUAUGAAAAAGAAAUCAUCAAAUUUCAUGAAUACGGAAAUGUAUAAUCUCACAAAUCUCAAUGCGAAUUCAACGAUGCCAUCAAGAAAACGACCAGCUUCUCAAUAUGUGCCCCUAAAACCUUCAGAACCAGUAAAAGUUGAUUACCAUACUAGGUUGCUCCUUGGAAAGAAACCUCAAGUAGUUGAAGAACAAUCAAUGGAUUUCCAAGAUUUUUCAAACGAGAAUGUUCAAACGACGAAAAGAGUUCGAGAAUGUCCGCAAAAGGUUUUCAUGUUUCCAGUUUAUGGGAAAGAAGCCGCUUCUGAAGUUGCUGAAUAUUUAGCUGUUCGUGCCGGAAAAGAACGAUAUGAUGCUGCCGCCCAAGGAAGCUCAUCAGUUAAUCCAAUUUGUGUGCAAGGUCAAUUUUCUCAUCUCGAUUGCAUUGAAAGCUGGCUAUCGGCUUUGAAGCUUACCCAUUACAAGGUGGUUUUUCAUUGUGCAAAAAUUGAAACCAUGGGACAAUUGGAGAACCAUUAUAUAAGGAAUGUUCGAAUUUUUGAAGACAUGAGUUUUCCACCGGAAGAUUGUGCAAUGAUGCAUCGUGCCUUUAUCAAUUAUUACAAUUCGAGAAAAGCAGCUCUUGAUCAGAAUCUCAAUUGA